GCUGCCAUGGCUGAGGAUAUUUGGACCCUAAAUCUGGUAUGCGAGGGGGCAGCUCCAGGACAGGAAAAUGUACAAACGGAAAUGGACAGAGAUGAGAUAUGCUUCUUCAACUUGAUUGAGCUGAUCGAGGAAUAUGGGUACACAUCAAUUGACUAUCUAUACUACAAGAAAAAAGAUAAUUUGGUUGCACUACAAGGGGAUACAGAUGUGAUGAAAAUGCUUGAAGAAAACGAGAGCAAGAAGAAUGUUAGCUUGUUUGUGACAAGGCAGAGAAUAGCCACCAUAGCACCGACCAAGUCCAACAAAGAACCAUCCAAAUCUGCAGCGAAUAAAGCUAAAGAGAAAAGUGGCAGAAAGAAAAAGCAGCAGCUGAAUAUAAUUCAAUCCAAAGAACAAUAUGCCAAUGAGGCUGACCACCAGCUUGAUGAUGAUGACGUCCAAGAAACACCAGGUGAUGAUAAUAAAGUAACCAAGCGAAAGGGAACCGUUUUGGCGCAUGUUUGGGAUUUACCAGAGGAAAACCGAAUAUUAGUGAAAUGUAACCAGCUUGGGCAACCUAUUGGGAAAGAAGGUGGUCUAUUAGGGCAAUUUUUAGGCACUAUAUCACGAAACGGUGGUUAUUGUCCUUUACAUAUCAAAGAUUGGAGAAAGGUAAAGAAUGAUAAUGCUGAAACCAUAUUUCAAUGCAUUCAGACCAAGUUCUUGUAUCCACGCUCAUGUGAGAAGUGGAUACUGAAGUCAAUCGGUAGAGAUUGGAGAAAGUACAAGGCAACACUAAAAAGUAAGCUAUAUAAUCAAAAGAAGAAAAGGACAGCUUUGUACAAGCUCUGUCCAGAUGAUAUUGAUGAAGAUCAAUGGAAAGCCCUAGUAAAAUAUUGGAAGUCAGCAGAAGGAAAGGCCCUUAGUGAGAGGAACAAAUUAAGUCGUGAAAUGAAGAAGACAACACAUACAGCGGGUACAAAGAGUUAUGCGCGUUGGUCCGAGGACUUGAGACAAGCUGAUCCUGCAAAAAGGAAACCACAUAGAGCAAUGGUUUACUUAGCAAUUCACAGGAAAAUGGCGAAGGAAACAAAUCAGCCUACGGUUCAGUUGGAAAAUCUAAUUGAAAAGCAACCAGAAUUAGCACAGAAUAGUGAGGGAAGAGUUGCAUGGGAAGGAGAUGCAUUGCAUCAAGUAUUGGGAGAGGAGAAACCUGGACAAGUACAUGGAAUGGGAUUGCUUCCAAUUCCUAAACAAGUUUAUGGCGGAACAACACGUCAUUUCAAGGAUAUUAAUAUAGCUACACUGCAUGGUUCAUCAUCUGAUGUAGAGACUCAUAUGUUGGAGGAAAUAAAGCAACUCAAGGAGCGUUCAAGAAGACAAGAUAAAGUAAUUGAUGAACUUAUAAACAAGAAUAUGCACCAUGAAAGGGAAGAAUCGACAAAGGAUGACCAUAACAAAUUUCAGAAUCAGGUAGUUUCUUCCAACAGAAAGAGAGUUCAAUGUGCAGAACCACACAAUGUAGAUAUUGUCUCUCAACAGAGGGAUGAAUUGUGUCAAGGUGAUGCAAAUCACAUAGAGUUCUCAGAUCAGGAAGCACAUCCAUCAUCCCCACAAUGCUCUACUAAUGAUUUUAGACAAAAAGAGGUUGGUGUGCGUACACAUCCUUCAAGUGAUGGUAGAAUAAAUAGGAAAAGAAAGGUACAUAAGAAUUACACUUCUUUAUGAGUUAUCCAUGCAAAAUAUGUAUCC